AUGCCUCAGACCCUCGCCUCCGCAGCAUCUCUCCCGUCCACCGGUCUCGCUACCCCCGCCCUCGAAGAAGCUACAACUCGUCAGAGCAAAGACGACAGACAAGAAGGCAAAGAAGAGAAAGCGCAUGCGGAAUCUGAGGGGGAAUCUGAGGCGGAAUCGGGGGAGGAAUCCGACGAGAAAUUGGAAGAGAAAUUCCAAGCCGAGGACGGCGCGUUGAAGGGUGGACCACCACCUUUCCUCGAAGACAUCUCGCCUCAUGUCUCCUCUUCUCUCUCCUUGUCUCUCAGUUCUUCUGCUUGCAGAGGCGAGCAGCCUCGUCUAUCGACGACCUCUGAAACUUUAAUCGGAGACGCGCCUGGUUCGUCUCUCGCCGCAUCCACCGCGCGAGAUGGCUCGCCUUCCGCGAGAAGCGAAGAAGGCACAGCUGAGGAGCUGACGUCUCCGAUCUCUUGUGUGCGCCCGGUGUCUUCUUGCGAGAAAAGGGAAAACGAGUGCCUCUCUCAAGAGGCGCAAGCUGCGCACCUCCCGGCUUUCCUCUCUCAGGCGGAACCCUCAGUCCCUGCCUCGUUGAUCGGCUCCCCGUCCUCUUUCUCUUCUUUCUCUUCCUUCUCCUCUGCGUCGUUCUCGUUCUUUUCGAGUGCCCACCUCGCGAAGAGUGAGAAGACGAGAGUGCUGUCGCAUGCACUGGAGGAGAGAGAGGCUGUUCCUGAACGGGACGUCUCGACUCCUCUCUCUGUGAUUUCGCGUCCUGUCUCGCUUGCCUCCUCUCUCGCAUUGUCUGCUGGCUUGCCCGUCGCCGCCAACAAAGAGGCUUCCCUCAAGUCGUCUCUCAUGUCUUUCUUCUCCCCUCCCUCUUUCCCAUCCCUUGCUCCUGCCUCUUCUUCUGCCUCUUCUUCUGUCUCGUCUUCUCCCUCUUCUUCUCGCUGUUCUUCAUCUGCCUCUUCUUUCCCUUCUGCGUCAUCAGGGGUGGAGGGUGUUGGAGACGCGGGGACUGGAGCGAGGGAGACGGCGCGAGAGAAACCUGUCCGAAACGAAGGUCUAGAAAUGCGCGCGAUUUCCGAAGAAGGGCAACUGUCGGAAGAAGAAAGUCUCUCCCCGUCGUUCUCGCACCCCCGUGCGCUCAGUGUCUCUUGUCCUUCGUCUUAUGCUUCGGGUUCUCUUGCGCCGUCGCCUUGUUUGAACGCGUCAGAGGAAAAGUUCGCACCCAGAGCCGCGGGCCUCCGAACAGCCUUUGCAGAAGGACGCUUCGGGAGAAUUUUUCAACGCUUUGGGAGCCUCUCCUCCGGAACGGCGUUGAUUUCUCGUUCCUCGUCGUCUGCCGUUUCCUCUUCGUCUUUCCUGCCUGCUUCCGACCAAGUCUCGUCUUCCUCUUCUUCGUCGUCGUCUCGUUCGUCUUCCUCCUCCUCUGCGGUCUCAUCUUCUUCCUCUUCCUUGUCUGCCUAUUCGUCUUCCCGUCCGCGUCCUGGUCGUGGAGGGGAUGAGUUGGAGAGAGAAGAAUCAGAUCUUUUUCAGGGAAGAAAACACGCGGCUGCAAUGUCGCUCGUCGCUUCUCGAACGCGUGCACAAGGCGCGCCCGAAGGCGCCGAAGAAACGCCACCGUCGGAUUUCGUUCUUCAGCCGCCUCUCCUGUCGCGUCUCCACCCGAGGGCCGUAGCGGAAGACCCGAAUUUCUUUCCGUCGCCUCAUGACGAGCGCGCACAAAUGCUGAUCUUGAUGGAGCUGUCCCGCUUGAGAGGAGAAAUGUUGCAGUUGCAGUUAGCGACUGCGUCGAAACCUGCCAAUAUCAUCAUUCAAAACAAGACCGAAGUUGCGGCAUCCACGGAGACAAACAUUCAACAGAGCGCGCGAGAUGAGGAACCUCGCAGUCGAUUUCUCGACUGCCUUAGCCGAUUCUUCAGCAGUCGCGUGAAUCAAUUCGUUCUCCUUUGCGGAGUCGGCCUUGGGUGCUACAUGCUGCUCGAACACUGGCGACACACUUGGCGGAUGGCCCAGUUGCGGAGACGCGUCGACAGCAACAUUGUGCUCCGAGGCGUCCAGAUGCUGGAGGAGACCAUCGGAAUGAACGGGGAGGUUUUUCUCGAACGCCGCUUUAGGUGUCUCCAAACUUUUAACAUUGAGACCUAA